AUGGAGAGGUUGAACAAGGAGAUGCUCGAGAUAGGGGUUAUCAGGCCCAGUGUGAGCCUUUUUUUCCAGUCAUAUCUUAUUGGAUACCAACAGAUUAGGAUGAAGCUAACUGAUGUGCACAGGAUAGCUUUCAAGACUCAUGAAGGUCGUAUGGAGGCAGAGCAUAUGAGACACCUGAGAAUAAUACUUAAGACUUUUAGAGAGCAUCAACUAUAUGCCAACCUGAAGAAAUGUUCCUUUGCACAGUCACGGGUGGAGUACCUAAUGCAUGUGGUGACUGAAGCUGGGGAAGCAGUGGACCAAUCCAAAAUUGAGACAAUGUUGAAUUGUCCUUUGCCUACGAGCUUAAAGGAGCUGAGAGGCUUCUUAGUUUUCACUGGAUACUACCGAAAAUUCAUAAGAGUAUAUGAUAUGAUUGCAUGGCCGCAUAUGGAGCAGUUGAAAAAAUAUAGUUUCAAAUGGGGGAAAGCAAAGACACGGGCCUUCGAACAGCUAAAGAUGGCAAUGACGAGUGCGCCAAUAGUGGCACUUUCAGACUUCAGUAGGUCAUAUGCAACAAAGAUGGAUAUGUUGAGACCAUGUUGA